AUGGUUUUUUCUAUUUCAGAUGCGCGAACAAUGAAUUCACUUUCAAUACGUGAUCUUUGUUCCCUCUUCUGUUGUCCACCAUUACCAUCCUAUAUUGCUGCUAAACUCGCAUUCCUUCCGCCAGACGCAACGUAUUCCUUGAUAGUUACUGAUAAUUCUACAACAGCAAAUGGUAAUAGUGAUCAGUCAACAGUUCCAACAAUCACAAAAAAGUCGCCAGCUGAAUCUUCACUAAACUUACGAUAUACAAUUCAUUUUUCUGAAAAAGCUGAGUGGCAACAUUCACCUACUGAAAUAACGAAAAUAGAGCCUUAUUUUGUCACUACCUCACGGCGAAAUCAAAUUGCUUGUAUAUACGUUAAAUGUACAGCAAAUCCUAAGUAUUAUAUUUUAUUCAGUCACGGAAAUGCUGUAGAUCUUGGCCAAAUGUCUAGUUUUUUCAUUGUUUUGGGCGCACGUUUACAAUGUAAUAUAUUCAGUUACGAUUAUUCCGGUUAUGGAGCUUCACAAGGUAAAGCAAGUGAGAAGAACAUGUAUGCCGACAUUGAAGCAGCGUACAAUUCAAUCAAACAGCGAUAUCAGAUCCCUUCAUCGAAAAUCAUUCUCUAUGGACAAAGUAUCGGAACUGUUCCAACAAUUGAUUUAGCGUCGCGUAUAAAUGAUUGUUGUGUUGCAUGUGUAUUACAUAGUCCAUUAACAUCAGGUAUGCGUGUCGCAUUUCCUGAAACCAAACGAACAUGGUGCUGUGAUGCAUUUCCGUCAAUCGAUAAAAUCCAUCGAAUACAUACAAUUGUUUUGAUUAUACAUGGCACAGAAGAUGACGUCAUCGACGUUAGCCAUGGAUUUGCCUUGUACAAUCGGAUUCAGAUUCAACAUCAAGCCGAACCCUUGUGGCUCGAUGGUGCCGGACACAACGAUAUCGAAGCGCACGGUCAAUACGUUGAACGCUUAUUACGAUUAAUCGAUGUUGACAUUCCACAAACAUAUUUAAAAAAGCAACAAACUGAACAACCAGCAUCAGCAUCGACGCCGACGGUAUUAGCAUCAACACUUAUUAUUCCAUCAUCGUCGACAACUAACGGAACGAAUUGA